UCAUCAGAUCUCACGCUCCCUCCGCUUGUCGCAUUGCUUUAGGUGUUUGCCCUUGUGAGAGCUGGGUCAUGGUGUUCGCUUCUUAUUUUUCUUCCUAAAGUGGAUUUAUCAUUUUUUGAUAUAUAUUUUUUCUCAAUAUACAUUUAAAGGAAAAGAUGGACUUACAUACAAGUCUUCCAUUUGUUAGCAUAAUCUUCAUGCUGUGCUGUGGUUUUGUCCAUUGUGACACCGAGGAUGCAACUGAAAAUGUUGAAUCUGUGAUGACACAUGCGCCAAUUGUUUCGGACUCUCCGGUUGGACAAUACCAAACAACAGUUGGCGGUGGUGAAUAUACAGACUAUCAGGAGGAUGAUAAUAUGUAUCUCUUUGGAGAUUAUUUUAACAAACAAGAUACGGACGACAAUCAAAACGCUGCACAAGCAGACGACAGAUCAGCCACUCAGUCUUUCAAUGUCGCUGAUUCUCACACAAUUUCAAAUAACGUAGUGCAAGUUACAGAAUCUCCUAACUUUAUCGAAGAUUCAGAAGAAGCAUAUGACCUAGGGGCUUAUGACAAGGACUACGGUACUGAAGCGACUCAAAUGGAGGCAAACGAAGGAAGUCGCGUGGCUGAAGGGGCUCAGUCAGAUGGCGCCGGAGGAGAUAGCACAGAGACCAGUGGAAGCGGGUCUUCGUCUUCUUCUGGAGAAACCAAACAAUCGGGCGGUGGUGAUAGUAAUAAUGGUAAUUCCAAAAAUAGCGAUAGCAAGAGUUCAAGCGAAAAUUCUGGUAGUUCCUCAAGUGGAACAGACGACAAUGGAUCAGGAGGGAAUGGUAAGGAUGAUGGAAAUGAUAUCGUAGAUGUAGAGACCUAUCAUAACCUUCAGGGUUCAGCAUCGUCUGAGGACAGUUCUUAUUCCGACGAAAGUUCCGGAGAAAGCGGUACGAAGAAGAAAAAUUGUAAAUGUAAGAAAAAUAAAAAUGGUAAAGGAGGCGAUUUUGGAAGUGAUGAUAGUAGUGAUGACAGUAGUGAAGAUCAGAGUAGCAGCAGUGGAUCAGGAAGCGAAAAUAGAGACAAAGAUAAGUCGAGGGAAGGUAACUAUGGAGACCAAGGAGACUCGAGCAGUGACGAGAGUAAUUACGACUCGUACGACAGUGAGGAUCACGAAAGCAGCAGCGAAAGUAGGGAAGAACCGGACAAACCGGAUAUCCCUGACUAUGAUAAACAACGAACCGGCAACGGUCUAGAUAGAAAUCGUAAUGAGUACACCACUUCAAUUCACCGAUUCUUUACUAGCAAAACCAACACCCUUUUCAAUGUUGUGAACAAAUUAACUUCGAAUACUCCGAACACCCCUUCCAGUCCCGGAGGAGGCGAUGUUAGUCUACGGACAAACUAUCGACUGUCAUAUCAACCAAAAUCUACUCCAUCUACAACGACUGCAAAAUCAUAUAUCAUUAAUUUAACGACUACGCCCCCACCACUCGGCGGGGACCCGCCUAACGUAAAGGAUAUAACAGAUCAGAGUGUUCCAAAAUGGUUUAGAGACUACAUACCGAAACGGGAGUAUGUUGAGCAGCCAAUUGCUCGCGAUUAUAUCCUCACUCCCAGAACCUCGUUCUGGGAGCCACCUGAUGUCGCUAAGCCCCCUGAUUGGCAGGAACAGAAAGAGUGGAUCAAUAUCAAAAUUAACCUCGAGAAACCAGCCGAUUGGAUAGAUGAUCCAAACUCAAACGGAAGCAUUCCUCAUUGGAACAUUCCUUAUAUUCCCCCUGAUUGGUUUAAAAAGAAUAACGAGAAACUGACCACUGAAUUUCAUUUUGAGCUGACAACACCCAGUCCAAAAACGGUGCGUUGGACACCAAAACCAGAGGGUGUUGACAGAACUACCCACGUCCCAGAGUAUCUUGCAAAGAAACGAGUUUGUGACAGGAAAUUUGACAUCGUGUUGGCAAUAGAUGGCACCGGGAACGAAAAAGACUUUGGGUACCUAAAGGGGGCCAUAGUUCAGCUCUUGGAUCGUUUAAUCAUGGGGGAAGAUAAGGUCAAGGUCGGAGUCGUGUUGCUUGGUAACACGGAUGGAUUGCAGAUUCCCAUUAGUGGAAAUCGGGUAGAAUUAGAAGAUCAAGUUGCAAGAUUAGGAUUACCCGAAGACAGCAACAGAUAUGAUAUUGCAUUGAAGUCAGCGGGUGAACUCCUUGAAAGGGAAGGAAGAGAAGGGAUUCCGAAAGUCGCCAUAAUGAUUGUGAAUGGAAAAUCCAGAUACCAGUAUCACACCCGAAUGGAGGCUGCGCGUCUUCAUAGAAGUGGAAUCUCCGUCUUCACUGUCGGCGUCGGAUACAACACGGAUGAAGAAGAACUGAAGACGAUUUCUUCAAGUCAAAACGAGGUUAUCCGGGUCAAAAACUAUAUUCACCUGGUGUAUCUAAUGACCGGGUACGUGCAGCUGUUCUGUAACGUAGAAGAUAAUUAUCUUACUCCGCCAACACUCGCUCCUCCACACCAAACGGCCACACCCAAAGCCAAAAUAAUCGCCAAGUUAACCACGGAUGUCAUGUCGGAGCCCAGUCCAAGAGAAGCGAAAGUACUGUGUGAAGGUUGCAAAAUGAUCAAUGGAGCCGGAUUCAACAGUCAUCCCAACGAAUGCGACUUAUUCGUCCAUUGCUAUUUCGGAGAACUAGGACUACGAGCAAUCAUCAGGAAAUGUCCGUUUGGACAGUUCUGGAAUCAGACAAUAUUAUCCUGUGAAUACUCUGAAAGAGCUUAUUGUCCAAUGGAUCGCUGUGCUUACAUAAAAGACCGGGAUUAUGAAGCCUCAGAAAACUGCCGCGCAUACUGGGAGUGUUCGAAUGGUCAUUCCAGAGGGAGGUGUUGUAGGUAUGGAUACCGCUACGUCAGAGGAGAAGGGUGCGUCCUGGACAGCGACAACAUUUGCAAAGAAAGCUGUCCGAUGGAAAUGCCAACGGAUCUUUAUUCGCAUAACAAUGCUCCAGCCCAAUCUUGUGAUAAAAUUCCAAUCGCCAAUGAUAGGAGCCACUACCAGCAGUUGCUACCGGGAACUGGGUAUGUGACAAUGCCGUGCGCAGAGGGUACCCACUAUAAUGAGAGAAAGUGCACAUGUACCGACCAGGAGCCAAGUUAUCCAACAUUUAAGGAGCCACUUGUGCAAGAACCACCAGCUGGUUGCCGACCGGAAGUAAAAUUAGACUUUAAAAAUGGUGUCACAGAUUCUUCCGGUAAAUGGACGUAUGUAAACAACCAAGGAGUUUUGAUACAGAAUGGAGAGGCAAUAUUCAACGGAGACAGUCGCUUACUGAUUCCUAGAUUCACAAACGUUGAAUUUGGUAAAACAUUUGUGAUUCGCCUUCGGUAUAAGGAAGAAGAAAAGUUGAAAUUCAACGAGUCCCAGGCAUUAGUUAACAAUGGUGACUGUGGUGAUUUUGGGUCCAUACAGAUUUUCACGAAAAGAAAUUCUAUUGGCUAUGUCGUGAAAACUACGAAAGAACCUAGCCAUGUUUCAUUACAAAUUCAUAAACCACACGGGGAGUGGAAAGAUGUGGAAUAUGUAGUCUCUGACGGAAAGUUUGAAGGUUACUUAAAUGGAGUUCAGGCAACAAAAUGGUCAAUGGGAUCUGUAGAAUCAAGGCAGUGUGCCGUACAAAUAGGAUUUGGACACGGCUAUAACAAUUUUAGAGGUCGUUUAUCUUUGCUUGAAAUUUAUCUCUGUAAACCAGAGAAAGCUAUGAAGUAUUCUUGAUAGACUCUCCAUCCACUAUGACGAGAAAUCCACACUAGGAGGAAAAGGCACCUAUCUACACUGAGCAUGCGCAGACCAUCAUACAUCAAUCACGGGGCGCCUUUAUUCAAAGUGCAUCAGGAUAUUCUGAUCGUCACGAAAUCCUACUCACUUUGAUCAAGAAAUAAACUGAGCUUUGUCAUUUCUAUUUACUCCAAAAGCAGCUGUUUCCUUGCAUUCAUUUGUACAGUGUGUGUAUAUAUACCUCAUAUAUGUUGAAAAUUACAACUUUCCGUUAUGUGUCAUAACAGUUAUUACGAAUAAUCAUGAUUUGACUGAAGAUAUGGAUGAACAUACAUUUAAAUGACGAACAAACCGGACUCCAGCAAAAUAGAAGAGCUACGUAAUACAGUGCUGGUCCAUUCCUGUUUUCUCUGCAACUGUUCAUGAUUAUGUCUGACAUUACUAACUUUAUACUUCAUUGUGAUAGUUUGAAUAUGAAAUAUUAUUAAUAAUAUACAAAGUAUUUGUUCCGAGAAAACUGUUUCCUUUACUUGUCUCAUGUGUUGUAUUAAACUAUAUGAUACUCUC